GUUAAAAUAUUAAGUCUAAAUAAAAAAAAUUUAAAACGAAAAGCUACUUAAUAAAUGAGAAGAAAAAAAAAAAAAAGAAGAAGCAUAGAUUGAAGUAAUUUAACGUUCUUUGCCGAAAAAAAGAAAGAAGUAAUUUAACAUUCGAGAGUGCUGAGAAUAAAAUCUUAUUUGGCUUUUACUUAAGCUCAAAUAUAUGUAAAUAAUUUUUUAAUAAUUAUAGAAGUAAAAGAAAGAAAGAAUAUGUCAAUUCCUUAGAACUCUCAUCAAAAGUCAACGGCCACAUCUAUAUAUAACCUAGAAUGACACACAUAUGAAAUAUACUCCACUAAAUAUUCUAGGUUGGAAAUUUGAACCCAACAAUUAAUCUGCUCUUAACAAUGUCUUCCUCCUUUUUCUAUCUACUCAUAGCCUUUGCUCUCCUUGUCCAAACUGUUUAUGGAGAUGACCCACUCUUCCAUUUCUGUUCAAGCUCUGAAAACUUCACUGCCAAUGGCCCUUACGAAUCCAACCUAAACAAACUUGCUGGAAAUCUCUACUUUCAAGUUCCUAAAGAAGGGUUUGGUUUUGGCUCGUCAGGCCGAGACCCAGAUCAAGCUUAUGGACUUGCUCUUUGUAGAGGAGAUGUCUCAUCCUCAGAUUGCAAAACCUGUGUUGUGGAAGCAAGCAGUGAGAUCCGCAAGCGGUGUCCAACCAACAAAGCAGCAAUCAUUUGGUAUGAUAAUUGCCUUUACAAGUACUCUGAUAAGAAAUUUUUUGGCCAAAUUGAUAACAGAAAUAAGUUUUACAUGUGGAACGUGAGAGUUGUAAAUGACUCGGCCGAAUUUAAUCAGAAGACUAAGGAGUUGUUGAGUGAACUGGCCAGCCAAGCAUAUGUUACAUCCAAACUGUAUGCAACAGGAGAGUCAGAUAAGCUUGGAAAAUCAAAUAAGCUUUACGGGUUGGUUCAGUGCACUAGAGAUCUCUCCAGUGGAGAUUGCAGGAAAUGUCUUGAUGGUAUCAUAACUGAACUUCCUAGUUGCUGUGAUGGGAAAGAAGGUGGUAGGGUUGUUAGUGGAAGUUGUAAUUUUAGGUAUGAGAUUUAUCCCUUUGUCAAUGCCUAGAACAGCAUCUUGGGAUUAGAAUUACCUUAAUAGGAUAAAUAAAAGUGUGUUUAGCCAUGUUUAUGGAAGUAAAUUUAGGAUAAUGAUUUUUGGGUUUAAUGUCUAGCUUAAACCCAACCCAAGAUCUUCCUCUAGAUAUGUGUCUUUAUAAGAAACUGAACUGUCGCUAGUUCAUUUCUAUGACCUUCCAUGAUUUUCUUCUUUUCAUACCUAAUGGUUGAAUAAAAUCUCUGUCAUUGCGUGA